AUGCACGGAGGAGUGUUAGAAGGUGGGGAGAAAAGAUGCGAUUGUGAUGAUAUAUUUUGCUACCUAGACGCAGACGAAUGCAUCCAGUACCAGGCCUAUCAAGCCCGGCUCAUCGCUGCCCUUCGAGGUGAAAAUGUGCCAGACGAAGAACACCUUGACAGUCAAUACUACGCCCCUCUUUGUCUAAUUCGAGGCAUCCGCUGUCACUAUGAGUUUGCAGCCAGCUCCGCCGUAAAGGAUGUUUGCGCCUCCCGUCCGGCUCUCGCCCGCGCUCGCAACGCUCGCCUUAUCAUGAGCAACGUGAUCCCUGGGCCUGAAGACAUGGACGACACUGACCGGACCAGACACCCCUACUGUAUCUGGAACCCUGAUAUUGCGGCCGAAGAUACCUAUCGCCAGUUAGCCCAGCGCUUCCCGUCAAUGCGCUAUCAGGUAGGCCGCGCCUGCGCCGCUGCUGGAUACGAUGAUCUAUAUGCAGAAUUAGACCUGUUGCCAGACGUUUCAAUCGCCGAGGAGGCGAGGGAGAGCGAGACACCGGGUGGACAGGCCAUCUUCAAGAUGAUAAUGGCUGCCCCCUAUCGCUAUGCUAUUAUGAAUGACUACGACCUGUCUAUCAACCUUGAUAGUAAGAACCCCGGCGCUUCCGCGUUCCUGAACGGCCACACAACUGUGCGAUGGAAACUUCAACACCGUAAUGAGUUACAACAAAAGGCAUACGGUUUUAGAAUCUUGAGGGCGAGGACAUGGAAAUGGAGCAUUGAAGAAGACGACCAUAUUGAUGAAAAGGAGUCGUACUGGCCUGAGAAGUACAAUAUCCUCACUCCAGAGGAGGCUCAACUUCUUUACACCCCCCUCCCCCAGGAUCUACCAACCAUGAAGAAAGACCUUCUCAUUCAAAUGGCGGCUUACGAUGGCAACGUAGACCGCUAUGCUCGCCUGGCAUCAUACUGGCCGAUGGAUGAGGUUGAGCGGGUCUGCGUGAUACGAGGAAUAUACUACAACACAUUGUUUGCGCGCUUCUGGGCCGAGGAGAUAAAGAAAAAUACCCGACGUGUGCAAGGGCUUAAGAACAACGGACUAUCACUUAUCAAAGAGGCUAUCUCUGCCCGCCGCAUUAUGAUCAAUGACGUUGAAGAAUUCAUUAACGGAUGGCCGGAGGAUGAGCCACAGCCAAGGGUUAUCUGGAAGCCUCUAAAGCCGUGUGAACAUGUACUCAAACUGCUCGCGGAGAGAGUUCCCUCAAUGAAAAAGACGGCUGCGCUUGCAUGCAUAUUUUGUGACUACGAAGACGCUUACAAUGAGAUCAACUGUACGCCACACCCCGACCUCGCCAUGGCAGCAAAAGAAUCUCGUAAUCCGUUCUACAUUCGAGACAUUGAGCAAAGGGCUGCCGAACAGGGUAUUGACCUUUACGAAAGCUACGUUAUGCCAAUAUGGCUAGAUGAGAGCCUAGAGAUCCUUCAGUCACACAGUAUGUAUACAAAUUUAACAAACGGUAUGGGACUCCACUGGAGCGAUGAGAUCAUGAAGAAAUUUUCCAGCAUUUUCGGAGGAGAUGUCCCCGAAGAUUAUCCGGUUCAAUUAUACGUAUGGGCAUCACCCGAGAGACUCCGGCUGAUUGAGAUUUGCGAGACAAACUGUCAUUGCCCUGCAAUAUGUUACCCGGACUUCGAGAAGAACUGGGAGGAAUAUGUUGAACGUGCCAAACUGCGCAAAGAACGCAUGAGACGACAGGAAAGACGUAGAAAGGUGUUGGAGGCUGCCGCUCUUAGACGGCCCGGGGAGAGUGAAGAUGCCUGGUGGGCCAGACAAAGUGUAUAUUUUUGGAAGUACAACGGACGCGUGCGCGCAGGGGAACCCGAAUGGGUUGAACAUGCUCAGAAGGUCAGAGAAAAAUAUGAAGCCAUUGUUGCCAGGGAGGGCGGGGAGGUUAGUGAACAGGAAGUUUCCUCCCCUGACUCAAUGAUUGGGUAGAGCUAGCAGCCAUUUAGUUAUUCAAUGAUUCCUUCUCUUCAUUCUCUCCAUGAAGCACUGUCAGCUCUGACUACCUGGUAGAUAGGCGAAUGUAACCCAAGACAUAGCAUGCAUAUUUCAUAUAUGUUUGUAUCAUGCCUUGUCCGCAUGGGGAUGGGAAGCCGGUAUAGUCGGUGUAGCCCCUUUUCAGGACACCGAUGGAUGUGGUGAUUAAAAAGUCUCGGAAAAUGCAGCUAAUCAACGGUAUAUAUGAAUCUCCAGACUAACUGAAUCGCAAGGUUGUUUGUUAUCCCUUGCACCAUGCCUGCCGCAGCAUCAUAUAAGUCAUGGACAGGGGGUUUGAUAUAUAUUCCGCUUGGUAUAAACUUCCAGACAAGGAUUAAGAAGUGCAUACUUUUCCCAGUGAACUUCUGGACAAAGGUCGACGUGCAUGCGUUCUAGACCAUGUUCACGCAUAUGCCCAUUUAUGUAUGCACAGAUACUCCCAUGCGGCCCGGAGUUUCUCUUAUCUCCCACCGCUGCCACCAGGCUAUGAAAUUCCUGGCAAUUCAGAUGAGUGUAACAGAACUGACCAAUUCUCCCUCCACCUUGCUGCACAAUCUCGGUAAAGGUUGGAUAUCUGGUUCCUGGUCGUUUGAUUUGUCGAGAUAACUGUGCGGCUUAUAAGAGGAGAGAUUCAUAUAAACCCCGGGAUAUAGGUAGACUAUUUAACUUCACGAAAUGGAUUCCCAAGGCCGGAAACACAUGUGCAAGCCUCUGGGCUAAUGCCUAUGCCUGCGUGUCAAUCAUCGGGUAUACUCCAAAGCCAUCAUCAACCCCGACUCCAACAAAGCCCCCAAAUGGCAUUCAAACACCCACUCCGAUCCAAAACGGGAUGGCUACAAACUGCAACAAGUUCCAUUUUGUUGAAACUGGGAAUACCUGCCCAGUCAUUCAGCCGAAAUAUAAGGUCACGUUGGCAGAUCUCGUUAGAUGGAACCCAGCAAUCAAGGCUGAUUGUAGCGGCUUAUGGGCAAGGACUUAUCUCUGUGUUGGGACGCUUUGAAUCAACCAGCAUUGGCAAUAUUCUAGCUUAACAGAAUGUAAGUCUGUCUAGGUAGUUAUGGGGAGUUCCAUAUCGUCUGCUUCGGGAUUCGGCCGCCAAUGUCGCGUUAGAGCUUUCAUUAGCUAGCCAGAUAACAAGCCCCGUAGGUAAUUCACAAUUUGAUACGCGUUUAAGAUGAUGAUGAGUUAGAAAUCUUUUUAAGGUGGGUAUCAAGAGAUCCAGGCAUAAUAACUCCGGUGCAAGCUGAUAUUUAUAUUGAAAAUGAGAUGUGGGCUUUACUUUAACCACUAACCCUUCUCUCGCCUUUGUUUUUUCACCUCCUUCACACCCUCAACAUCCAAGCGCCAGGGGGUGGAAAAGGUAGGUAGAAAUGGAAGAAAACGCUCAACUCGGGCGUCGGUGAAAGAGAAAAGCAGCAGGAUCUUGUUAAGUAGCGAGCGAGCAUGCGGAAGCUUGGUUAAACUGUUGUCGGUCGAGGUUGUUUCGUCAUGACGGCUGCGUGGUGACGAGAUCCAUUGGUUUGGCCCGCGUCUCGGAUAUACGAUACGCCGCUAACUACGUCGAAGGUGAAAGGUUUAGGUUAAAUGUGGCAGUGAUGGCGUAACUAGCUAGUUAUUCACUAGUUAACUUCGAGUUAUAUAUACGAGACGCUGGCCACCGGAUCCUACACCAGCUUCAACAUCUCGUCACCAAAGACAGCUGUUUAACCAAACUUCCGCAUGCCCGCUACUUAACAGAUCUGAUGCUCCUCCUCUAGCGUAGUGGCAGACUUUGACAAAUAUUAUUACUUACGAUGGAUCAUUCAAGUCACCAACGUCAUAUAAAGUUUUCGGAAGGAAAGUCAGCGCUGUGAACUAGCAGCUUGCAACUUUAACAACCCGACCUUACUUGCAACUUCUCUCACUUAUAUCUUUCCUUCCUCUCUUGUCAAUAACUGCUCUAUCAUCAACUCCCCCCAAUAUCAAGCAAAAGGUACGUUUUAAGCCUGUUUGUUGCUUUCAAUGGCAGAAAACACGCUAGUAUUCGAUAUCUCAAGCUCUGAGCCCACAGGUAUGACCUGCGUGCUCAGCUGCUUCUCGGAAAAGUUUACGCAUCUUCUGGGUAUCGAAUAAGCACAGAGAAACGCAUCCUAGACUGGGCCUUAUUAGAAGUGGACGGCAACCGUGUCUCCAAGAACAAGUUACCUCCAAUCGACGACAUUCCUAGGAACUCCCGUGCGUUAUACCUGGCUGCAAAAGAGGUUUUAGAUGGGCCUGUUGC